AUGCAGCCUGGACAAUUACCACUCCCGCCACCAGCCCCAUCGCGGCCUCAAUUGCGUGCGCCCGGCAGCUUCUCCGCCCUCCCCGGUCCAUCGGUGAAGCCUCACCAGCAGCAACAGCCUCUUGGCCCCCCGCGCCCCCCUCCCCUCCGCAUCGGCUCCCCGGCUACGGCGACGACGACGACGCCCAUCUACACCCAGUUCGCGGCGUCGUCGCUUUCCAGUACCACCAGCCCCGGCGCCGCUGCGCACCAGAACUUCUCCCGGACGGGUGGUGUGGCAAACUCGGGCCUGACGUCACCCCUGCUCAAGGGCCAUCACACCAGGAAGCACUCCGCCACCCAGGGCCUCUUCGACUCGACCCUCCCGUCGACGUCUAUAUCCAACCUGUCCCAGGUGAGCAAGAGCCAGGCCAGCCAGGCGGCGGCGGCAGCGGCGGCGGCGGCGGCAGCUUCCUCGGGCGCCUUGUCGGCCAGUCAGAUGGCGGCCAAGGCGGCCGUCAUGUCUCACCAGAACCCCUCUCACGUACGGCAGCGGUCGCAGACGGUGCCUUUCCCCGGCGAGGCCCUCGAGGGCUUGCGCCGAGGCAGCGGGAGUAAGGUGCCGCUGAGUCCGCCUCUGCUCAGCCUCACAGAGGCGAGCUCGCCACGCGACACCACAAGCUUGGCCGGAGCGAACCACGGCGACAGGCUAGGUGGCUCCUACUCCGCGACGGCCACCACGGCGGCCAACGUCGCCUUCCCCCGCUCGGGACACAGCUCACCGAGAGAAAAGUCGACAUCCCCGCAACCUUUCCCGCCCAUUCCGCCGGCCCUGCCGGACAAGCUUCCGAGCAAAGCGGAUAAGCCAAAGGUCAAGCUGUUCUCCCGUCCUGGAAAAGUCAACACUGCCAAAGCGGACAUCAAGGACAAGGCGCUGCCGAGCCCCGGCAAGAUCGGGACGGCGCUCUCCGCCCUGCAGCGUGGUAACUUUAGCACAAACAGUCUCGUCGACCUUUCCGCGCAACCCAUCUACAAUCUUAACAACUCCUCUUCGGCCACGAUCCGACCCGUCGACACGCUGGGUGAAGAGAAGGGCAAGGAAAAGGAGAAGGAGAAGAAGCACCACUUCUUAUCGCGGCAGAAGCAGAAGCUCAAAGACGAGUACCACCUGCCCCUGUCAUCAGCAUCGAGCAACUCGAAGCCGACGGACCCGAGCGCCCCGAGCAGUCUGUACAGCUUCAAUGUCCCGGCCAGCCCUGGUCCGGGCUCCUCGAGCUUCGCCAAGACCAAGAAGGAGAAGAAGCUCGCCGAGCGAUCCGAGAACCGCCUGGAACAUGAGCCAACGUUCAACCUCCAAGGAGACUGGUCCGGGACGGGCAAUUUGCCGCCAUUGCCUCAGCAGUCUACUCUGUACGACCCCGUCGACGCCGCGAAGCUCGGUCUGCAGAACCAUGUGUCUCUGGACGAUGCGUGGCCGUACCUAAAGGCCAAGCUGCUGGUGAUUUUCGAAGGCGAGGACCUCCGUCUCCCCGUCGAGGACUUCAACAGGGUGGUGCAGAUGCACAUUCAGUGGUGCAUCCACAAGAGGUCGCCGGGAAGCAUGCUCGAGGAUGUCCGCGAAUUGCUCGAGACGGGCUUCUCGUCCCUGGACCGCACCCUGCGGCUGACUCCGGAGGACCACUUCGUGCCCACUUUGGUCGAGCUUUGGCUCUUCACUUUUACCUCGAUCCUCCCCUACAUGCAGUCAGUCUUCUUGCCGCUCGAGCUCGAGGUCUCGGGCUGCGGCGCCAUCCUGACCCCGGAACAGGCUCGCGACUUUUGGAGCGGCGUCGUGACGUCGCCGCUGCCGGCCGAGAAACCAGCUCGGGCGGCGCUGGCUGCGAGCAUGGUCGACAUUCGGCGGCUCGUCCUAGCCGCGUACCGCGACGUGGUCAUCCUGCCGCGCUAUGACACGCUCAAGAGCAUGUUCUCCCGCCUCUCGCUCGAGUUCCUGCCCUCGUCCUUUGCCAACAUGGCGCUGGCGUCGCCGAUGGUCGAGAACAACCUGUCGUCGUCGCCGUCAGAGUCCUUCAUGUCCAUGGUACGGCCAGGCACCGCCAUGUCGCUCGACCCGUCGGUGGGCUCGUACAACUCGAGCAGCACGACGCUGUUGGGCGAGGGGUCGGAACGCGGGCGCAGCCGGGCCGUCAGCAACGUCAGCUUCGGCAGCCACGCCAGCGACGGGGCGGUGCGGCCCUUUACGCCGUCGGGGGUCCAGGUGCUCAGCAGCGUGCGCGAGCAAAACGUCGAGGACUCGAAGCAGGUGACGGACAUGGUGGGGCGCAUGCUGCAGUGCAUGAGCGUGCUGUCGAGCCUGGGCGGCGUGGGCGACGCAGACGAAGGCAACCGGCGCAUCGUGGAGCUUGCCAAGCUCCUGAAGCUCAACUGGCUGGGCAGGGGGCGCACGGGGCGCAACCGGAGGGGCAUCGUGGGCGGCAAGGUGCGCCGCGAGGGGACCCGGGAGGAGGUGCGCGUGGCAUGA